GCAGCUUAGCAAUGCGCAUGGUACGCGGCAGUGACACCCGGCACAGUGCUGCUCAGGCAAGACGAGAGUGCACCAUGGUGGCCUUGGAGGGCAGAAGAGGGCAUUGGAUCCCCUGGAAUGGAGUUACAAGUGGCUGUAAAUUACCUGAAAUGGAUGCUGGGGGCUGAACUUGGGUCCUCUGCAAGUGCAUCAAGUGUUCUUAUUCAAGAGCUACCUCUUCUUCUUGUUUUGUAGUCAUAUUUUAAAGUAUUUCUAUAAUUUUGAGAUCAAGUGGUAGGCCAAGAGAUGGAGGCUGUUUGUAUAACAUUGAACUGACACUUGAAUAUAGUUAUAAGCUAAAGCAUACUUGGGAAUAUGUAUACACUAUAGAAUAGUUAAUACAUUAAUUCAUAUGUAUAACUUUCCAUGGUGGCAAUACUUAAAACUUAAUCUCAUAGUGGUUGUGUAGCGCUAAUGCAUUGUUAUUUAUUAAAAGGUGCAUUUGUUUGGGGGAGUUAGCCAUACCAUUUGUGUGGAGGUCAGUGAACAAUUUACAGGAGUCAUUUCUCUCCUUCUACCAUGUGUCCUUGAGGGAUUGAGCUUAGGUCACGAGGCUUGGUAGCAAUCACCCACUGAGCCAUCUCAGAUGCCAUCAGAGAUGCUCGGGGACUGUCUUGGGAAUUUGUAUUAACUCCUUCAGCACCCUAGACAAUAGCUUUGUAUUAGGUCAAGUUCUGCAGCCCCUGUGUAGAUGUUAAGGUCCAGGUGGAUGUCCAGGCAGACAAAGGUGCUUGUUGCCAAGCCUUAGCAUCUCAGUUUGAUCCCUGAGACCCUCGUGGUAAAAGGACAGAACUGCUUCCUGUGAAUUGUACUCUUGUAAUCAUUCAUGCUUACUUACAAGGCCAAGGUCACAUGAUACUGUCUUGAGGAAUUAAGCCAGGCUGAUUAGAAGGGUCACAGCAACAUUGAGGCUGUGACAAUUUUAUUGAGAGCCCUCAGACUUUUUAUACUUUGACUUCCAAGGGAACAUACAGAGAAACACAAACUGGCCUGAAUGUUUCAGUGCUUGAGGGAGUAUGUAUGUCUCUCUCUCAGGAACUAGAAGGCACAUUGUACCCCAGGAACCAUGGACUGGAACCUGAAAAACUUAUGAUACAUGCUUCUUAGUGCAACUAGACUAGACCAACUCCAUGGUUCCCUGCAUCCUCUGACCUCUGCUUCUGUGUUACCAGUACAUACUGUAUACAUCAUUGCCUUCUGUGUACCUGUUCUUCUCAGCUUUGACUGUCAACUUGCUACAGUAUGGAGUCAUCUGAAAGAGAGUCUCAAUUGAGGGAUUGCUCAGAUGAGACUGGCAUGUGGUCAUGUCUGUGAGCAAUUGUCUUGGUUGGUAAUUGAUAUAGGAGGCCCCAAUUGUUACUGUGGACAAUAACAUUCCCUGGAGAAAUAGUCCUAGGCUAUGUAAAAAUGCUAGCUGAGUAUGAGCCUUCACAAGUGAGCCAACACUGUUCCUCUGUGGUUUCUGUUCCAAAUCCCUGCUUCAGUCUGUGUGCAGGUUCCCUCACUGAUGGACUGUGACCUGGAAAUGUAAGCCAAAUAAACCAUCUUAGUUACUUUUCUGUUACUGUGAAGAGAUACCAUGAGCAAGGCAACUUACAGAGAUUAAUUGGGAACAUGGUUACAGUUUCAGAGAGUCCAUGGCCAUGGUUUCAGGGAGCAUGGUGGCAAGCAGCCAGGCAGGCAGACAUAACACUGGAGUAGUAGCUGAAAGCUUACAUUUAUCCACAAGUGUGAAGCAGAGCACACUGGUACUGGCAUAGGCUUUCCAAGUGAUGGCUGUGGACGACUCCUCUGGAACUGUAACCAAGUCCCCAAGUGAAUGCUUUCCUAGUUGACACAUCUCCAUUUUCAUUCGAACCAUGUACAUUCUUUCCUCACCUAAGUUUCUUUUGGUCAGAGUUAUCACAGCAACAGAAAUCUAUUUGUUGCUUAAAAUCACAGUUGCAGUAUGGGAGAAAGUGCAGACAGUGCAUCUGAUUACCUGGUCCUGGAACUGACUGAAGUCAGCGUUAUCUUCUAAGCCUGAUAUCAAUGGAGAAGAAAUAUCAGCUGCUGCCAGUCUCCUUAUCUGUAGUAACGUAUGGGAUGUUUCAGGCCUCGGUGACCUUUGAGGACGUGGCUGUGCGCUUUACCCAAGAAGAGUGGGCUUUGCUGGAUCCUUCCCAGAAGAUUCUCUAUGGAGAUGUGAUGCAGGAAACCUAUAGGAAUUUGACUUCUGUAGGCAUAAACUGGGAAUGCUGGGAUUUGGAAGCUUAUUUCAGAAGUCUAGAGAGAAAUUUGAGAGUCCAAUUGGUAAAGAGAGACUGUGAACUUAAAAACAAUGACCCAUGUGGAGAAACGGUUGCCCAGCCAAAGCUUCCUGAAUGUCACACUGCCAGUCAGUCAUCCCUGAAGAGGCACACUACAUCCAGCUCUAAAUACAGACCAUGUGACUAUCAGAAAUAUGUAAAGAAAUACUAUGAAUGUAAAGUAUGUGAUAAAGCCUUUACGUGCCUUGGCUCCCUUAAAAAACAUAAAAAGACCCACGCUGGAGGGAAACCAUAUAAAUGUAAGUAUUGUGAGAAAGCCUUCAGUUACCGGCACUGUGCUGAAAGGCAUAUGCUAACUCACAGUGUAGACAGGCAUAAAUGCAUGGUAUGUAGAGAAGCAUUCCCUAAUGCUGUUGCCCUUAGGGAACAUAAAACAAUUCACUCUGGAGAGAUACCUGAAUGUAAGGAAUGUGGAAGAAUGUUCUGGACUGCCAGUUCUCUAGAUAUGCAUAAAAGGCUUCAUACAACAGAAAAACUUUAUGAAUGUAAACACUGCGGGAAAGCAUUCAUGAGAUACUGUUCUUUUCGACUGCAUAAAAGGACUCACACUGGGGAGAAACCUUAUGAAUGUAAGCAAUGUGGGAAAACCUUCAGACAUUCCAGCCAUGUUCAAGCACACAAGCGAAUUCACACUGGAGAGAAACCUUAUGAAUGUAUGCAGUGCGGAAAGACAUUCACUUCUGGCCACUGUGCCAGAAGACAUUUAGGGACUCACAGUGGCGCCUGGCCUUACAAAUGUGAAGUGUGUGGGAAAGCUUAUCCCUAUGUCUAUUCCCUUCGAAACCACAAAAAAAGCCACAACGAAGAAAAACUUUAUGAAUGUAAACAAUGUGGGAAAGCCUUUAAAUACAUUUCUUCCUUACGCAACCAUGAGACUACUCAUACUGGAGAGAAACCCUAUGAAUGUAAGGAAUGUGGGAAAGCCUUUAGUUGUUCCAGUUACAUUCAAAAUCACAUGAGAACACACAAAAGACAGUCCUAUGAGUGUAAGGAGUGUGGUAAGGUGUUCUCAUAUUCCAAAAGUCUUCGGAGACACAUGACUACACAUAGUUAAUUAGAGAGGGACAGUUUUUAGUAUAACUUAAAUAUAUAAAAGAGCUCUACACAUUCUAGCUCCUCAUUAAAAAACAAAAAAAUUCACACUGGAAAACGAGCCUAUGAAUGCAGUAUGUGUGCCAAAGUCUCAGUACGUGCCACAGUUUGAUGUGCCAAAACUCUAAAUUGAAAGCCUAUCAGGAAGCAUUUCAGCUCUGAGGACUGAAGAUGGUUUCCACAUAGAGACCUUGGGAACGCUUUCUGACCGUCCUUGCUAGCAUACAUGGGAAAGCCUGGUGAAGAGAGAAAAAUCUGUGGCUGUUGGCCUCUCCCAUUUCACCUUGGAUUUUAGCAGUGUGAGAAAGAAAGUCUUAAGAAAGGUGCAGCCUUAUUACAUAUGCAAACCACCACAGACCCAAACUCUGUAAAGGGAAGAAAUAGCUGGAUUCUUACCAAGUUAACAAAUGUUUUCAAACCCAUGAAAUGAGUUUCCAAAUCUCAUGAACCUAAGAAGUAUUAAAACCUGUUGGUCCCAGUGCUGCCUAGAAGCCAGCCACCAUGGGAAACAUGACAGUGUCCUGUGGUUUCUCUCAGUUGCUCAGUGCUAAAUGUGUCAGUAUACUGUGGAUUUUUGAUUCUUAGUCAUAAUUCUGUUGGUAUUUUGGGGGUUAGUCUACAAUUUCAAAUGUGCAUACUGCCUUGAUUAUAUCUACCCCAAGACACUCAACAUUUCUCCCUCUCACCUUCAUGUGCAUUCCCCACCCAAUCCCCUUAGCCAAAGCUUCAGUGUGUUGAAGAACGAAACAGCUGCCCCCUUGUCCAGCAAGCAGCACACUCCCAGUCCAUAGCUCCUACAUCUUUCAACCCCGUUUAUGGGUUUUAAGCAAUCGUUUCUGGGUGUUUUUUUUUAAAGAUUUAUUUGUUUAUUAUAUGUAAGUACACUGUAGC